CUUCCGGUAUCGCGAGAAUACCCGAGAAUAUGAAAACAAGACAACAAAAAUAAAUUUGUGGACAACAAGCCAGAGUGCAUGAUGGCGGCGUCGCUGCUACGCCGGGACAAGAAAACUACUGCCGCCCACUUGAAAACAGACUUAACCCGGACUGACAACAGCUCGGGGCUCCGACAACUUCAGGAGCUGCUCGACGCUGUACUAAAUCCCGAAAAACCAGCUGCGGACACAGAAGCCCUGGACUGGUGUAAAUGCCUGAUCGCAGGAGGCGAAGGUUUCGAGGAGUUCUGUAAAACGGUCCGCUCCUAUGACAACGCGACUCUGUGCGGGCUGGUUUGGACGGCUAAUUUCGUGGCGUACCGAUGCCGGACCUGUGGCAUCUCUCCUUGUAUGUCACUCUGCGCUGAGUGUUUUAAUAAUGGAGACCACACGGGCCAUGAUUUCAACAUGUUCAGGAGCCAGGCUGGUGGGGCCUGUGACUGUGGAGACAGUAAUGUCAUGCGAGACAGUGGGUUUUGUCGCCGGCAUAGAUUAAGAACCGGGGAAAAUGUUCCCUCGAUCCCCCGAGAUCUUCUCCUCAUGUCUGAGAUGGUCUUGCCUCGCUUUAUCCUGUGCAUCAUACAGUAUCUGAGAGAUGGAUACAUUGAACCAGACACAUCAGCUGAGCGAGAUCUGCAGAAAGUUCUGCAACAGCUGGAGCCCCAGAUCACUUUUUUGGAGGAGCUCACAAAGAUGGGAGGAGCAAUGAGGACUGUACUGACAAAAAUCUUGACCAACCAGCAAACUUACAAGGAGCUUAGCAUGGGCCAAGAAGAGAAUUUGUAUGCAAAGAAGAACUAUGACAAAUAUUUGUCAGCAUUGAAGAAUUCAGGUUUGGUUUCUGUGGAGGAGAAAAUCCAAGGAGCCGCUGCUGAUGUUGCUGAAGGAGGUGCCGGAGCGAUGGUUCUGCUGGGAACCACUGGACCAGGCAGCCCAGAUGAGUCUGCUAAGGAGGAUGAUCAAGAUGGAGGACAGUUUGUUGGCCAGAGGAAGAGGGUUAAACUUAGCAGCAGUACCAAAGACCCAUACAUCAUUGAUUCACUAAAGCACAAAUGCUUUCUGGAAGAGUUGCUUUUUUGGACAAUAAAAUUUGAGUUUCCACAGAAAAUGGUGACCUUCUUAUUAAACAUGUUGCCAGAUCAGGAUUAUAAGAUCACAUUCACAAAGACAUUCGUUCAGCAUUACGCCUUCAUCAUGAAAACCCUGAUGAAAAGCCAUGAAUCGGACACCAUGUCUAACCGCAUCGUGCACAUCAGCGUGCAGCUGUUCAGCAACGAGGAGCUGGCCCGACACAUGACAGAGGAGUGCCAGCUGCUGGACAUCAUGGUCACUGUGCUCCUCUACAUGAUGGAAAGUUGCCUUAUUAAAAGUGAACUUCAGGAUGAAGAGAACAAUCGCCACGUCGUGGUAAACUGCAGUGAAGCACUAUUAAAAAACAACACUUACUGGCCCCUCGUUAGUGACUUUAUUAACAUCCUCUCACACCAAAGUGUAGCGAAAAAGUUCCUGGAAGACCAUUCCUUGUUGGUGCUCUGGAUGAGCUUUGUGUCAUUUUUUCAAGGUAUGAACCUGAAUAAGAGGGAACUAAACGAGCAUGUAGAGUUUGAGUCUCAAACAUACUAUGCAGCCUUUGCAGCAGAGCUGGAGGCCUGUGCACAACCAAUGUGGGGUCUCUUGACACACUGCAAAGUCAAGGAAACGCAGGAAUAUACAAAAACUGUGGUGCGAUACUGCUUGGAGACUCUGCAGAUCUGGUUUGAUGCCAUUGGCUUCAUUGAUGAGCCUGCUCCAAAUCAAGUGACGUUUCACCUGCCACUCCACCGCUACUAUGCCAUGUUCCUUAGCAGGGCUGUUAAAUGCCAAGGAUUGGAUCUGGAUAGCCUCCUCCCUGAUCAGGAGAUGCUGAUGAAGAUCAUGGUGCACCCGCUCCAAAUUCAGGCAUGCCUAUCGGAGAUACACAGUAAUAUGUGGGUCAGGAAUGGUCUGCAGAUUAAAGGACAAGCUAUGACUUAUGUGCAAUCACACUUCUGCAACUCCAUGAUAGACCCGGACAUCUUUCUCCUGCAGGUUUGUGCAUCAAGGCUGGAUCCAGAUUACUUCAUUUCAAGCGUUUUUGAGAGAUUUAAAGUGGUUGACCUGCUGACGAUGGCGUCUCAGCACCAGAAUGCCGUGUUGGAUUCUGAGCAGGAGAGGCCAAUGCUUGAAGGAGCGUUAACGUUUCUUGUCAUUCUGACAAGCCUUCGCAUUCACCUGGGAAUGACCGACGAUGAGAUCCUUCGAUCUGAGAUGGUCUCCCAGUUGUGCAUGAAUGACCGGACCCACAGUGCACUGUUAGACCUUAUUCCUGAAAAUCCCAACCCAAAGAGUGGCAUUGUUCCGGGUAGCUGUAGUUUUGAAGAUGUGCUCUCAGCUGUAUCUGAUUUCAAAGCACCCGUGUUCGAACCUGGAGGCUCGAUGCAGCAGGGCAUGUACACACCUAAAGCCGAUGUGUGGGAGAAGGAGUUUGACCCCAUCAUGGUCGUCCUCAGAACAGUUUAUCGCCGUGAUGUUCAGUCAGCAAUGGACAGAUACUCAGCAUUUCUGAAACAGUAUGGCAUCCAUACUGGCAACCCUUGGCCACCAUACAAAGAGCGGACUCCUCUGCAUCCUUCUUACAAAGGAUUAAUUCGACUGUUGCAUUGUAAGACCCUGCACAUUGUGAUAUUCACUCUACUUUACAAGAUAUGGAUGGAUCACCAGAACAUGUCUGAACACGUGCUGUGCAUGGUGCUCUACCUGAUUGAGCUCGGCUUGGACAACCAGGUUCAAGACUGCAAAGAGGACGAGGAGCCCUGCAUCGAGGAGCACUGCCAUGAUAGCUGGUUCCCAGGCACCAAUCUUCUGUCCAAUCUUCACCACGUCAUCAACUUUGUGAGGGUCCGGGUACCUGAGACGGCACCUGAAGUGAAGAAGGAGACUCCUCCCAGCACGAGUGCAGAGGCUUCAUCUUAUGGCCAAAACUCCAGGCGUCUUUCAGGAAAUUGGAGAGAGAACCUUCGAGAAGCUCAGGUGUUCAGCCUGGUGGCGGAGCGCAGGAGAAAGUUCCAGGAAAUAAUCAACAGAAACAACACCGAAGCCUCUCAGGUCGUCAGGCCCAAGAGCUCCUCUACCCGCUGGGUUUCGCCAGGCACGCCCCCCCAGCUGGUCACAGAGAUCCUGGAGAUCCGUGAAAGCAUGCUGUCCCUCCUCGUCAAGCUGCACCAGAAGAUGUCGUCCAAGCAGAACUCUCUGUCGGCUUCCUGGCUGGAGGAUCCCGACACGAGCCGUCACGCUCACGGAGAUGGCAUUACAGCAAUCGAACGGAUCCUCGCCAAGGCAGCCACACGCAGCUGCCAAAUCAAGCGUAGUAUUCAGGACAUUUGUGGAAAGGUGUGUCCUCCCGUGCCACCAAAGAAGAACAGUCCCUCAGACAAGAAGACGAUGGAUAAAGAGGAAAGGCGUCAGAGGGCCCGAGAAAGACAACAGAAACUUUUAGCUGAGUUUGCUUCAAGGCAGAAGAGUUUCAUGGAAACGGCCAUGGAUGUUGAAUCUCCUGAACCUGAAGCAGCUAUGGAUUUAGGAUCAGCUGAAGUGAUGGAGUCUGAGGUUCUGUAUGACUGCGUAAUCUGUGGUCAGAGUGGACCGUCCACGGAGGACCGGCCAACAGGAUUAGUGGUUCUACUUCAGGCAUCCUCUGUUCUGGGGCACCGAUGCAAAAACAAACAACCUAAGCAGCUCCCAACGAGUGAUGAAGAGCACAUAUAUCUUGCAGACACAUGCGGUGUAGCUCAUGAUGUCAGACUCUCACUGAUGCAACAGUUCUUCAAAGAUAGUUCUUGUUUGCAGUCCGUUUCAAUAGGCUGGGAUGGAGGCGUCUAUGUUCAGACCUGUGGACACACCUUACAUAUAGAUUGCCAUAAGUCCUACAUGGAGUCUUUGAGGAAUGACCAGGUCCUCCAGGGUUUCUCUGUUGAUAAAGGUGAAUUCACCUGCCCGCUGUGUCGGCAGUUUGCCAAUAGUGUCCUCCCAUGCCGUCCAGGGCGUGGCACAGAAACUAGUGGAUGGCACACACCCACGAACAAAGCCACACGCGUUUUGGUGAAGGAAGUGGAGGAUCUACAGGAGAAACUUGGUCUUUUCCCAACGGAGUCCAACCUGAGUAAAGAGAUGGAGUUAGUUAUCAAAGACAUCAAGAACACCACCCAGAAAAAAUACAUGGACUAUGGCAAAAACCCUGGUUCCCCAGACAACGAUUUCCUCUUCAUGUACUCUCUGGCCAGGACAAACCUGGAGCUGGAACUUGUGCACCGUGGAGGAAACUUGUGCUCCGGUGGAGCCAGUGCAGCUGCCAAGCGCUCAUGUCUAAAUCAGCUGUUCCAUGUGUUGGCCAUGCACAUGAGACUCUACAGCAUCGACUCAGCGUACAACCCAUGGACAAAGCUAACUCAGAUUGCGAGACAAAAAGAGGCAGAUGGCUUUGACGAGGAGAGACCUGAGGUCCCCAUGCUAUUUCGAGAUGUCCCAUCCCUCCUCAUAAUCUUUGUACUAACUAUGCCACAGCCUCUGCGUAAAGAGCACUUUACCUGUGUGAUCAAGAUGCUGUACAACCUGCAGUUCACUCAAGCUUUGGCUGCGCUGUCAACCAAACUCAGCCCUGAAGAAAGGCAAGCCUGGGUCACAUCAGGAGCACUAAAGAAGAACACUCUAAAUGCAGAGAAGUCCUCCAACGCUCUGCUCAGUCAUGUCAUCAAUGAACUCUCAAAGGACAAGAGUGUUUACAAGGUGACCAGUAAAGAAACUACUAUGCUGAGCGCCAGUGUGUGGUCGCCACAGUCUAUUGAGUUCAGCCUGCAGCAGUUCUGCCUGCCCUUCCUUCGCCUCGCCUGCCUUCUGCAACAUCACCUUUAUGGAGAUAACCUGACUGGCUGCCUGGAGGAAGAGGAGUUCUCGUCCUUGGCUGUGUGUUUAGGGCUGCUGUCAGCAGCUCCUCAGCCUCCAGGCGCCGUUCACAGUGCCUCAUGUCUGGAGUGGCCCUUCAACGCCUUUGACUUGGUGACGCAGUGGUGUGAUGAGGUCACAGGGCUAUCUCAGAUGCAACCUGAGCAAUCACUAAGCUUGCUGGUUCAAGAUCCUCAGUGGGCUCCACCUCGCCUUCUUCAGCUACCUGACAACUAUAGCAUCAUCUUCCAGUACUAUCACAGAAAGGCCUGCACUGCCUGCAAGAAGGUGCCAAAAGACCCUGCACUCUGUCUCGUUUGUGGCGCAUUUGUCUGUCUCAAAGGCGGGUGCUGCAAACAGCAGGGUACCUGUGAAUGUGUUUUGCACUCCCAACAUUGUGGUGCAGCUACAGGCAUCUUCCUACUGAUCAAUGCAUCAGUCAUCAUCAUCAUCCGUGGACAUCGGUUCUGUCUGUGGGGUUCUGUUUACCUUGAUGCUCACGGGGAAGAGGAUAGAGAUUUACGCCGUGGCAAACCUCUGUUCCUGUGCGAAGAGAGGUAUCGAGUGUUGGAGCAACAGUGGGUUUCUCACACCUUCGAUCACAUCAACAAACGCUGGGGGCCGCACUACAACGGACUCUAAGAUCUUCCAAAGUCUGCUUAAAGAAAAACACACAUAAAUCCAAGAUGGAGAGGAUUGAGAUUUAUUAAUAAUGUUCUGAUUUUCCUGGCUUGUAUCUGCCUUGAUUAAAAAAAAUAUUCAGAAAAUCCUUUUGUUUUAAACAAACAUCCAAUAAGGUUAUCGCUGCCACAGCUUUUGGUUUAUGUGAAGUUUGGUGUACAGUUAUGCCUAAAAGAAAAACACGUGUGCGUAUAAGUGAUUUAUUGUGUGGUUUUCAACAGGGGGAAAAAAAAUAAAAUAAAAUCUGAAUUGGGUGAUAUUUCAAUAAAGAAACAAUAAGUUUGCCCAGAUCUUCAUUUGGUCUGGCUUCAGAUGUCUGUUCUGUUCACGUUUCAAAGCCACAGAUCAGAUAGAUGUGUAUUUAGAAAAUAUAUCAGAUUAGCUCCCUGACAGAGCUGAUAUGUUUUUUGCUCCAUUUAUGAUGAAGAAAACGCAUAUCCCUUUUAUUUAAGAUGGUGCGCUCCCAUCUUCUGCCCUGGGUUUUAAGCUCCUAAUGAGUAAAACAAGGUUUCCGUCGGUGACGCAGGUCUGCUGACAUGUGAUGGUAGGCUAAACCAAGUCCACCCAUCAAGGCAAGAGUUAGUUUUUUUUGUUUUGCGAACAAGAAAAGGACUCUUUCUGGGUCUAGUUGCAAUCCAUCCUCAGGAAUUAUUAUUUUUCCUUUUUUUGUUGUUGUCUUUGCUGUUGAAAAUAUGUUUUAGAUAUUUAAAUAAAUGCUGCUGCUCAUUGUUAAAAAAAAAAAAAAACAAACUUUUGUGAAGAUUUUUUUUUCUGUAAGAUUGUGCUUUGAGUUUACAGUUGAUGGCUGGAUAUGUGGAUUCAAACUCACUAAUGUUCAAGGAGGUAUGCAGUCCCUACUUUGCACCCACUUCAGGUGUCAUUAACCUGCCUUUUUAGUGGUUUUAAAUUUGGUUGGAUGAACAGGAGAAAACAAAAACUCUCAUAUGAGUCACUUUGUUUCAGCGUCAUCAAUAUCAGUGCACAGGCUUUGAGUCCUGCAAAACGCCAUAUCUGAACAAAAAUAUCACAUCAAGUUGGAUCUUCCUCCUUUGGGUAAACAGAUUUCUACCUUUCUUUCCUUUUUUUUUUUACCAGUUCAUAUCUUCAACACAUAUGAAUUCAUAAUGACUAUCUCUAACUCGUGUAUCAUCUAGUUGUGAUUUGUAGUUGCAUUUUGACAUCGAGGGAUUAUCAGAGUUGGUAUCCGUUAUAACACUGUGCAUGGCAUCAUUUAAGCAACAUUAUUUGUCUAAAAUACUUUAUUUUUCUGAUUUAUCACCUUGCUCUCUGGAAGGAUAGAGAUUUAGCUCAGUCGGGCCUGCAGAGCUUCUGUUUACGGCUGUCUAGGACUGAAAUGCUGGGAAAUGUUUUGCUUCGAUGUGGAUUCAUUAAAAAAAAAAAAAUCGCACAUCUAGAACCUCCUCCCAAAUGUUUGCAUGCUGAUUUCCUUUACUUCCCUGCAGGUUUCGUGCUUUUCUUUCUUCAUUUUUGCUGUAACCACUUUUUGUAAAAGACAGCAACCAAAUAGCCAAUAAUGGGUGUAAAAUUGUAACUGAAAGCUUCUGUCUUUUCCUGUGUGACUGAAGAGGAAUACAGUACAUUACUGUAGGUGCUGACUCAAACUUUCUGAGUUUGACCAGGAAGUAUGAUUUGGGACAUUUAAUGAAAAAUGUAACAUAUGUGAAUAAAAUAUAAGCACACAAUA